AUGCCACAGCACUACAAGGAACAAGUCGAGACUGCCUGGAAACUAUUCUGGGCUCCUAUCAUCCAAGAAGCAGCCAAGCGCGACCCCCCAAAACUGACCGAUGAGGAAGCCAUGAAAAUAGGCAUGUUCCGGAUGCACCACAACUUGAUGGACAUGUUACUUCAACAAUUCAAAGGCAAGACCCUCGCGAACACCAACUGUGUCUCCAUCAGGAACUUGGCUAAAUGCUGCCUCUUAAAGUAUGUGCAAUCUGGGAACAUGGACAAGCCCCCUCCUAUGCCGGACUACCAUGAACACAAGGCUUGA